AAAUCAGGUCUUCGGAAACACCAGAAGAUCCACACAGGGGAGAAGCUUUUUAGAUGUCCAGAAUGUGACAAAUGCUUCCCAGAGAAAGGAAGUCUAACUAAUCAUCUGAUGAUUCACACCGGUGAGAAGCCAUAUCUAUGCUCUGAGUGUGAUAAAUAUUUUAGGUCCAAAUCAGAGCUCACCCAACAUCAAAGGGCUCACACAGGAAUAAACCCGUAUAGAUGUGUGAUAUGUGGCAAGUGUUUCGCAAAAAAGCAAAUUCUUAUUGGUCACUUGAGAAUUCAUACAGGAGAGAAGCCAUUUAAAUGCUCAGAAUGUGACAAAUCCUUUGCAGAAAAGGGUAAUCUUACUCAACACCAGAGGAUUCACACAGGGGAGAGACCAUAUAAAUGUUUGGAAUGUAACAAGAGCUUUAAAGAAAAGUCGCAUCUUACCAUACACCAGAAGAUUCACACAGAAGAGAAGCCGUAUGUAUGCCCUGAAUGUGAUAAACGUUUUAGGUUCAAAUCAAAUCUGACCAAACACCAGAGGACUCACAAAGGACAGAAGCCAUUUAGAUGUUCAGAAUGUGACAAGUGCUUCACAGAAAAAGCUAAUCUUGCCAAACACCAGAUGAUUCACACAGGAGAGAAACCGUUCCUGUGCCCUGUGUGUGAUAAAUGUUUUAUAGCCAAGUCGGAUCUGAUCAAACACCAGAGGGUUCACACUGGAGAGAAACCAUUUCGAUGUUCAGAUUGUGACAAGUGUUUCACUGAAAAGGGAAAUCUUACUAGACAUCAAAAGAGUCACAUGGGAGAGAAGCCAUAUCAGUUUUUACCAGAGCAUUCACACAGGACAGAAUCUGUUUUUGUGUUGUGA